UCCAGUCGAUCUCCACAGCUGGAUCGACACGCUUUUUGCUCGACCACAAGAAAAAAAAAGAAAAACAUAAAACGAAAAUAAAAAAACUUUUUCCUCCGUUCUCCUCUUUUUUUUGGCCAACGAUCACGAAGAGAAAAAAGGGAGCAAAUGGAUGGGGUUCACCUUUAACUUGGAUUAGAAUUUUGAAAAAAGAAAAAAAAAACAUUUAAAAAAACAAGACUCAAAGAAAAAAGAAAAUUUCAAAUGAAUUUUUAGUUCUUUCUUGCGGAACAUUUUAGUUUAGUAACUCAAAACGGAUAUCCUCGAGUUUUGAAAAGAGGUUAUCGCGAAAUUCUAAUUUGUUUUGUCUUAUUCAAUUAUCAAUUUUUAUUUCUAACUCCGUGGUGGAUCGUUAAGGAAACGGAAAUACGCGCAUUCAAAAUUGGGGUAUAAUGGAGCCCCUGUGGAAGCGGCUACUGUUUGCCGCUGUAUUUGCUGGAGCGUUUUUAGGAAUAAAUGCUCAAUUCUGGAAAACCACCGACACCGGUGCCAUCUACAACACUGCUAAACACUAUCGUCCCGAAGUUGAAGCCCCCCGCCAGCCGAUCGAUAACAGCUACUCGAUAAUCGACAGUGCCAGCAACUGUACCGGCAAUACGCCCGGUUGUAUUCCCAAAUGUUUUGCCGAAAAGGGUAAUCGCGGUCUGCAGGGACCCAUUGGUGUGCCCGGUCCCAAGGGCUUGCCUGGCUAUCCCGGUACCGAAGGUCCACCCGGCGACAAGGGUCAGAAGGGUGAACCCGGUCCCCUUGGACCCAGAGGCUUGAAGGGUGAACGCGGUACACCCGGUAUUCCCGGUAUGUCUGGCGUGCCCGGUAUCCAAGGUAUUGCUGGCAAUCCCGGUGCUCCCGGUAUACCCGGUAAAGACGGUUGUGACGGUGAAAAAGGUUUGCCCGGCUUGGCCGGUCUAAGCGGUAUGGCUGGUCCUCGUGGUUAUCCAGGUCAGCCUGGUGCCAAGGGUGAGAAAGGUGAACCGGCCAAGGAAAAUGGUGACUAUGCUAAGGGUGAAAAGGGUGAACCCGGUUUUGCUGGCCGUGCUGGUAAUCCCGGUCCUGAAGGUCCAAUCGGUCCCAAGGGUGAACGUGGUGAAACUGGUCCUCUUGGCGCCCCCGGUUUGCGAGGCGAUCGCGGUUUGAAAGGUGAAAAAGGUGCUCCAUGCUUCCCACGACCACAGCCUGGCAGAAAGGGCGAGAAGGGUGAGAAGGGCGAACCAGCCAGAUCUGCAGGAUUACGUGGCGGCAAAGUGGAAAUUAUUAGCGAAAAGGGUCAACGUGGUGAAAAGGGUGAAAUGGGUCCAGCUGGUGAAAAGGGUGCUGUUGGUGAACAGGGCGCUCCCGGUCGUGAAGGUCCCAAGGGUGAAAAGGGUCUUCCUGGCGGUCCCGGUGAUAGAGGUCGUCAAGGUGCUUUCGGUCCACCUGGUCCACCUGGCCAAAAGGGUGAUCGCGGUGAAACUGGUUUGAAUGGCUUGCCCGGUAAACCUGGUCAAAAGGGUGAACCUGGUCGUCCCGGUAAACCCGGUGAACGAGGUUUGGUCGGUCCCCCUGGCCCACCUGGUGGCGGUCGUGGCUCUCCUGGCGCUCCCGGUCCCAAAGGUCCUCGUGGUUAUCCCGGUGCCCCAGGUCCUAAAGGUUUGGAUGGUUUUGAUGGUCCUCCCGGCCCACAAGGUUUCCCCGGUGCCAAGGGUGGUCCCGGUAUGCCCGGUAACAAUGGUGUUGAAGGUCCUCCCGGUGAAAAGGGUCAAAAGGGUAAUGCAGGUCGUCCAGGUCCCAUGGGUCCUCAGGGUCCUAUCGGUCACACUGGUCCCCCAGGUCCUGAAGGUCAAAAGGGUGAAGCUGGUCUCCCUGGUUACGGUGAACGCGGUCCUAAAGGUGAUGAUGGAACUCCUGGAUCUCCCGGCUUGAAGGGUGCAAAGGGUGAACGUGGUUUGACUGGUGCCCCUGGUGCUCCUGGUGACUCGAAAUUAGGUCUUCCCGGUACUCCUGGUGCCGUUGGUGCUCCAGGUCCUCGUGGUGAUCAAGGUCGUCCCGGUCUGCCCGGUCCCAAAGGUGAUAUGGGUCCUAAGGGUGAUGCUGGCGGCAAAUGCUCAGACUGUGCUCCCGGCCAAAAAGGUGACAAAGGUGAUCGUGGUACAGACGGUAGCCCCGGCCGUGAUGGUCUUAGAGGUCCUCCCGGAGAACGUGGUUAUCCUGGCGAACGUGGUUCUGAUGGUAUUCCUGGCCCCCCUGGUCCUCCUGGCGAGAAGGGUAGAGAUGGCAACCCCGGUGCUCCAGGUCCCUAUGGUUUACCCGGUAAAGAUGCUAUGGUCGAUUUAAAUCAAAUCGUUGCCGAAAAAGGCGAAAAGGGUGAUCGCGGCUACCCAGGUGCUCCUGGUGUCAAGGGUGAGCGUGGCGAAACUGGCGCUGCUGGUCUAAACGGACAAAAGGGUGAAUUUGGUGACAAGGGCGAAAGAGGUUAUCCUGGUCCUCCAGGUAGUGAUGGCGCUCCCGGCAAUCCCGGCAGAGAUGGCUUUGAUGGUGUCCCUGGUCGCAGCAUUAAGGGCGAGCCUGGUUUGGCUGGUCGCGAUGGCGAAAAGGGUGACAAAGGUACAACUGGUCCAAGUGGUAUAAAAGGUGACCCAGGUACUUGCGAUGUUGAUUUUUUGAAGGUUCCCGCUAAGGGCAACAAGGGUGAUCGCGGUGCUCCUGGCAACCCCGGUGCCAUGGGUCCAACUGGUUCGCAGGGCGACAAGGGCAAUGCUGGCCAAAAGGGUGAGACAGGUCCACAAGGUCCACCUGGACCUGCUGGUCCUCGCGGUAUGACUGGCCCACGUGGUGAACCCGGUCCACAAGGUCCCAUUGGUGCUCCUGGUAAUCCCGGCAGAGAUGGUUUGCGUGGUCCCCCCGGCAGAAAUGGUCCCCCCGGUCAAAAGGGUGAACAAGGUAUUGCUAGACCCGGUCCACCUGGUAGCAUUGGUCGUCCCGGUAUGCCUGGUCCCAAGGGUGAUCGUGGCGUGGAAGGUCCCAUGGGUCCUCCCGGUAUGGAUGGCGCUCCUGGCUACCCUGGCGAAAAGGGUGACAGUGGUCAGCCUGGUGCUCCCGGUGCUCCUGGCUUUGAUGGUCCCAAGGGUGAUACUGGUCCUCGCGGUCCAACUGGUCCUCCCGGUCCCCCUGGUAAACCUGGUGUUGAUGGUGUUCAAGGUCGUGACGGCGCUAAGGGUGAACCCGGUUAUCCCGGUUUGGUCGGUAUGCCUGGUAUGAAGGGUGAAAGAGGUGCUCCCGGUGUUGAUGGUCCCAAAGGUUUUACUGGUGUUGCCGGUCCCCCUGGCAAACGUGGUCCACCUGGUCCUGCUGGUAUUCCUGGUGCCAAGGGUGACCGUGGUGAACGCGGCUUGACUGGCAAGGAUGGUUUGCCCGGUGUCAGAGGUCCUCCUGGUCCACCCGGUGUAAUGGGCGUGAAAGGUGACAUGGGACCCAUGGGUCCUCCCGGUGCUGAUGGUGUUCCUGGUAUUGAUGGUGCCAAGGGUGAUCGUGGUUUGCCUGGUAUGGAUGGUCCUCGCGGUGAGCCUGGUGAUGCUGCCGAAAAGGGUCAAAAGGGUGAACCUGGUGCCUCUGGUCUGCGUGGUGAGCCUGGUAUGACUGGUGCCCCUGGUAUGCCUGGUGAAAAGGGUGUACCUGGUAUUGCUAUGCAUGGACGUCCCGGCGCUCCUGGCAUGAAAGGUGAUCGUGGUCGUGAUGGUCUCAAUGGUGUCGAUGGCAGACCCGGUGAAAAGGGUGAUCAAGGUAUGCCCGGUCUUACUGGCGCCAAGGGUAUCAAGGGUGACUUUGGUUUGCCCGGUGCUCCUGGUCUUCCCGGCAUGGAUGGCAAACCCGGUCAAAUGGGUGCUCCUGGUCCAAUCGGUCAUACCGGUCCCAAGGGUGACAAGGGCGAACGUGGUUUCCCUGGCCUCAAUGGCGCCAAGGGCGACAAGGGUGAACGUGGUGUACCUGGUUUCAAUGGUGCUGCCGGUCCUAAAGGUGAUCGUGGUUUCCCCGGCCCAGCUGGUCUGAAUGCUGCUCCGAUUACGAUUAAGGGUGAGCCCGGUGAAAUGGGUGAACCCGGUUUGAUUGGCUUGCCCGGUCCCAUGGGUCUGAAGGGUAAUCAGGGUGCACCUGGUUUCACUGGUCCCAAGGGUGAUCGUGGCUUGACCGGACCUCCUGGACCCAACGGUUUGAAUGGUAUGCCUGGCGCUAAGGGUGAACGUGGUUUGACAGGUGAUGUUGGUGCUCCUGGGCUGACCGUCAAGGGUGAGAAGGGUUUGCCUGGCCGUACUGGUAAAAAUGGACGUGAAGGUGCCCCUGGUUUGCCUGGACAAAAGGGUGAAAAGGGUCUGGCUGGUCUUCCAGGUACUCCUGGUGCCACCGGUGCCCCCGGCCCCAUUGGUCCUCAGGGUCCUAAGGGUGAUCGCGGUCUGGUUGGUGCACCCGGCAGAGAUGGUGCUAACGGCAUGCCUGGCGCUCCUGGUAUCAAGGGUGAUAUGGGUUAUCCUGGUCCUAAGGGUGAUAUGGGUCUACCUGGUGUACAAGGCGAAAAGGGUGACAAGGGUGAAACCGGCAUGGCUGGCUUCCCUGGCAGUCGCGGUCUAACUGGCGAAAAGGGUGAUCGUGGUCUUGAUGGUAUGGAAGGUUUGCCCGGUCCCGUGGGUGCUCCUGGCGAGAAGGGCUUCCAAGGUCCACCUGGUAUAAAUGGUCGUGAUGGUCUGCCUGGUCUCAAGGGUGACAAGGGUGAACCUGGCAAGAUUCCACCACCCGGCCCCAAGGGUGAACCUGGUUAUCCUGGACGUGAUGGUCAAAAGGGUGAACGUGGUCCUCCCGGUCCUCGUGGCCUGAUUGGUUUGCAGGGCGAACGUGGUGAAAAGGGUGAUAUGGGUUUGGUUGGUUUGACUGGUGCCGUGGGCCGUCCUGGUCCCAAGGGUGACACUGGUCCAGCAGGUUUGGUGGGUCGCGAUGGCGCUCCCGGUCCCAUGGGUCCCAAGGGUGAGCCCGGUGCACCAUGUAGCCAUGCUCCUGACUAUCUUACCGGUAUUCUGUUGGUGCGUCACAGUCAAACCGCCCAGGUGCCACGCUGUGAACCCGGCCACCAAGAAUUAUGGACUGGCUAUUCCCUGCUGUAUGUUGAUGGUAAUGACUAUGCUGCCAAUCAGGACUUGGGCUCGCCCGGUUCCUGUGUCAGACGUUUCUCCACACUGCCCAUGCUGACCUGUGGUGCCGGCAAUAUUUGCAACUAUGCCUCGCGUAAUGACAAAUCCUUCUGGUUGACCACCAACAAUCCCACCAUGCCCAUGAUGCCUGUUCCCGCCCAGGAAGUUAGCCAAUACAUUUCACGUUGUGUUGUGUGCGAAGUGCCGGCCAAUGUUAUUGCUGUGCACAGUCAAACACUGGAUGUGCCCUCAUGUCCCGGCGGCUGGGAAGGUUUGUGGAUCGGCUACAGCUUUAUGAUGCACACUGCUGUCGGCAGUGGUGGUGGUGGCCAGGACAUGUCCUCGCCCGGUUCCUGUCUGGAAGACUUCCGUCCCGUACCGUUCAUUGAGUGCAACGGCGGCAAGGGCCACUGCUUCUUCUACGACACAAUCAACAGUUUCUGGCUGGUAACCAUCGAGGAGUACCAACAGUUCCAGAGACCCGACAUGGUUACCCUCAAGGCGGGCAACUUGCAGCAAAGAGUCUCCAGGUGUCAAGUGUGUAUUAAGAACUCGUCAUAAGAGCCUAGAUCGAUAAACAACAACAAAAACAAGAAACAAUAGCAACAACAACAACAAAAGGAUGAAAACGAAAAAUAAGAAAAA